UUUAAUAUUAGAAGAUUAGAAGAUAAUCUUCAAUCGUGAUUGAAACUUGAAGAAGAAGAACCUUAUGUCAUAGUCGAAACUACAUUGUGCAGUGCUUGUAUUUUUACAAUAACAUUUUACAUACUAUAAUAGUAAAAUUAUAAAAUAAACCAAAAUGGGAUUAUUAAAACCAGGAAUAAAAUCGCGAAUGGAGGCUGUCACUGAGUUUGUUAAAACUUCUUACCAUGUUGCCUUUAUUCCAUUUGUUAUAUACAUGGGUUUCAAAAAAGGACCAGAAGUUGGUGGCCCAGCAUUCGGACUUUUAAGUCUCCUGUGGCAGUAAUUUAGAAAAAAAUCUUCCUUCAAGACACAUUUAUGUAUUAUUUCAGAACAACAAUAAUGUAUACAAUAAUUUGUGUUUUAUAUAAACUAGUUAAAUAUCAUGCUGCUGAAGCUUAAUGUUGUAAAAUAAAUUUGUGAAAAUGUUA